CUUAAUGGUGUUUAUUUUUCUUCUAUUUCAGCCUAUGGCUGUGGAAAUCCCACCUACCCUCCCACUGCCAAAGUGGUAAAUGGUGUGGAUGCAAAAGCAUACAGCUGGCCUUGGCAGAUUUCUCUGCAGUACAGAAGUGGAAGUAGCUACUACCACACCUGUGGUGGAACUCUUAUUUCUCCCAACUGGGUCAUGACAGCUGGGCACUGUAUUUCGUCUCGCAACACCUAUCGUGUUGUGCUUGGUAAGUACGACUUAACAAAGGUUGAGAACAGCGAGCAGAUCUUCGGUACAGCUAACAUUAUUGUGCACCCCAACUGGAACAGCAACUGCGUGGCUUGUGGUAAUGAUAUUGCCCUGAUUAAGCUCGAGAGAAGUGCUAUCAUCAAUGACAAGGUCCAGCCAGCUUGUCUCCCUGCCCCUGGAGAUGUCCUGCCCAACAAUUAUUCCUGCUACAUCACUGGAUGGGGAAGACUUUACACCAACGGGCCCCUAGCCUCAAAGUUGCAGCAGGCUCUCUUGCCAGUGGUUGACCACAGUGUGUGCAGCCGCAGUGACUGGUGGGGCAGCACUGUCAAGACCACCAUGGUGUGCGCCGGGGGGGAACUCAAGUCCGGGUGCAAUGGGGACUCUGGUGGACCCCUGAACUGCAAGUCCAGUGAUGGGCUCUGGUACGUCCACGGCGUGACCAGUUUUGGGUCCUCUAGUGGGUGUAACACCAUUCGGAAACCAACAGUCUUCACCCGUGUCUCCGCCUUCAUCUCCUGGAUCAAUGAUACCAUGACGCGCUACUGAAAAAGUUAUUCAAACAAUCUGAAUACAGAGCUUAAGCAAUAAAUGGUUCUGCAAGAAACAUUGUUCUCCUUGUUUAUUGAAAUAUUUAGAUUUUAUUCACACAUCGUGAAUAACAAUUCAUGACACGUUCUGCACUCUUUCAUAUGAAACAUGAACAUCUUUCCACAAUAAACAAGACAUGUUAAGCUUAACUAAGAAAAAAAUAAAAUGUUACCCAUGCUUUAUAAAAAAUGCUAUAAUAAUGGUAAUCAAAUGUUUUCUUCAUUCUAUUGUAUUAACUGGGAUUAAUGAUUGAGCAAAAUAUUAUAUAGUAAUAUUUUUUGGUCUCAGGUGAGCAGUUUUGAAAGAAGUUGUGUCCUCUGUGUCAAUGUUAAGCUGAAAGCAUGUCAAUCAAUAAGGGAGACAAAUGGUUGGUUAAUGACAGGAAAGAAGGCUUUGAAGGCUGGGGGUAAUUUUACUGUCUGGUGAAAUAACCAAGGAAGUGCAACACUAUCUGAA